UACCAUUGCCCAGAGUGCUUUGCGCGCGUCAGCGGGCCAGUGAGCGUCGAGCGGAGCGGAGCACAAAAUCCCAAACAAGGAAAUGGUGUGGGAGAAACCAAAACACACCACCACCACCACCACCACCACCACAACAACAACAACAACAACAACCAUCCGGUAUUAUUUAAUUACCGCCUGUCAGAAUGAAUAACUGCCCCGGACCGCGCGCUGGGGGACUGUUUAUGGGUUAGACAAUAAUAUCAUAGAUGUAAAUAACAUGGAUUACGACUUCAAGACGAAGCUGGCCGCUGAGAGGGAGAGAGUGGAGGAUCUGUUCGAGUAUGAAGGCUGUAAAGUGGGUCGCGGAACCUACGGGCACGUUUACAAAGCCAAGCGCAAGGACGGGAAAGACGAGAAGGAGUACGCCCUCAAACAGAUCGAAGGCACCGGCAUCUCCAUGUCCGCCUGCCGAGAGAUCGCGUUGCUGAGGGAGCUGAAGCAUCCAAACGUCAUUGCACUCCAGAAAGUGUUCUUGUCACACAGUGACCGAAAAGUGUGGCUUCUCUUCGAUUACGCAGAGCACGAUCUGUGGCACAUCAUAAAGUUCCACCGGGCGUCAAAGGCCAAUAAGAAGCCGAUGCAGUUGCCGAGAGGAAUGGUGAAGUCUCUGCUGUACCAGAUCCUGGAUGGCAUCCACUACCUCCACGCCAACUGGGUCCUACACCGAGACUUGAAACCUGCCAAUAUCCUGGUGAUGGGGGAGGGUCCUGAACGGGGGAGGGUCAAAAUCGCGGACAUGGGAUUCGCACGACUCUUCAAUUCUCCCCUGAAGCCUUUGGCUGAUCUGGAUCCAGUUGUGGUCACGUUCUGGUACCGAGCACCUGAACUCCUCCUUGGAGCUCGACACUACACCAAAGCAAUCGAUAUCUGGGCAAUCGGGUGCAUCUUCGCGGAGCUGCUCACGUCAGAGCCCAUAUUCCACUGCCGCCAGGAGGACAUCAAAACCAGCAACCCGUUCCACCACGACCAGCUGGACCGCAUCUUCAGCGUCAUGGGCUUCCCCGCAGACAAAGACUGGGAAGACAUCCGGAAGAUGCCCGAGUAUCCGACCCUGCAGAAAGACUUCCGAAGGACGACGUAUGCCAACAGCAGCCUCAUCAAAUACAUGGAGAAGCAUAAAGUCAAACCAGACAGCAAAGUCUUCUUGCUGCUCCAGAAACUCCUCACCAUGGACCCCACUAAGAGGAUUACAUCUGAACAGGCGUUACAGGACCCCUACUUCCUAGAAGACCCCUUACCUACAACAGAUGUAUUUGCAGGAUGCCAAAUCCCGUACCCCAAGCGCGAGUUCCUCAACGAGGACGAACCUGAAGAGAAGACAGAGAAGAACCAGACGCAACAGCACCAGCAGACGCAGGUGCAGACGCAGACGCAGACACAGACACAGCAGGCGCCGUCUCAGCAGAGCUCGGCUCAGACCAACGGCACGUCGGGUGGAAACACGGGACCCUCCAUGCAGCACACGGGGCAGGAGCAGGGGCCCCCCAACAAGAAGAGCCGUCCCACCGGGGCAAACGUGCUCCAGACAGACUACCAGCACUCCGGCUCGCGCCUUGGUUACCAAACCAACGUCCAGGGCACCACUCAGUCCCAAAGCACUAUGGGAUACUCAUCCACAUCUCAGCAAAGCUCCCAGUACACUCACCAGUCUCACCGCUACUAAAGCUGAACGUGUGGAGACUUCCUCAUUCCCCCGCCUUUCCCUUCUGUUUUACUUUUCAUUUUUUUUUACACGUCUACGCUUUCCACUUGCCAAUACCAGCAAAGAAGAUGUCGUUCCUGAAGCAGCGCUCUCCAUGCCGUCCCAGCAACCUCGGAGCUCACAUGAACCCUUUGAUGAGGAUCUACACCAGCGUCCUAACCCUCAGUUAAAACCAAGGCUCAGAGAUAUGUUUUCUAUAUUUACAUGGCACAGGUUUUUAUCCAAAGCGACUUAACACAGAGGCAGGGUGCAACCCAAACGUUUAGCUAAGCAUUCGAGGGUGAAGGACUUUUCUCCACGACCUGACAGAGUAGUCCUGGGGUGUAAACUGACAGCCUUAUGAGCAAAACCGCAAAAUGAGCCACAAAACCACAAUACCAGUUCCUAAAAACCAUACGGUGUCCAUCCAAGCCAAGUUCUCAGAGUUAAAAAACCCUCAAUGCUGUUGUGGGUCCAGUGCUAUAAAUCCAUAUAGGCCCAUAUGCCAAAUUUAUGCACGUUAACUGCAAGAACUUCUGGUAUUAUUUGAAGCAAAAGAAUUUUAGGUGUCAUCAACUUUGCACCUUUCUGUCAAACACAAGUCCUCAAGUCCCUGGCAUUUCUAUUGAGAAUCAAUCCUUAAGCUUCUGGGUUUAUACGGAGAAUUUGUCUUCAAGACUCUGGGUUUCAAUCUAAGAAUGAAUCCUGUAGCCUCUGGGUUUCCAUUGGAAAUCAAUCCUAAACCAUCUGGCUUUCCAUCAAGAUUCAGUUCUCAAGCUUCUGGGUUUCCACUGAGAAUUAGUCUUCAAGGCUAUGGGUUUCAAUUCGAGAAUCAAUUUUCAGGAGUCUCUGUUUCCAUUGAGAAUCAAUCCUCAAAUGACCAGGUUUCCAUUGAGCAUUAGUCCUCCAGCCUCUAAAUUUUCAUUGAGCAUCAGUCCUCAAGCCUCUGGGUUUCCAUUGAAAAGCAACCUCAAGCCUCUGGGUUUCCAUUGAGAAGCAAUCCUCAAGCCUCUGGGUUUCCAUUGAGAAGCAAUCCUCAAGCCUCUGGGUUUCCAUCCAGCAUCAGUCCUUAAGCCUCUGAGUUUUUAUUGAGCAUCAAUCCUCAAGCCUCUGUGUUUCUAUUGAGAAUCAAUCCUCAAGCCUCUGGGUUUCCAUCAAACAUCAGUUCUCAAGCCUCUUGGUUUCUUUGGAGAUUCGUGUCUCAAGCAUCUGGAUUUUAAUAUAAGAAUUAAUCCUCAAAUGUCUGGGGUUCCAUUAAGGAUCAAUAUAAAAACGUCCAUCGAGUAUCAGUCGUCAGGCCUCUGGGGUUUCCUCUCAGAACCAGUCUUCAAAACACUCUAUUUCCAAACAAAACCAAUCUUCAGAUUCCAUCCGGUUCCAAACUCAGAUUUCUUUCAUUGCCAGUCCUGUUGCUUAGGGGCCACCCGUUGACUUUUCAUUAAGGACCACAGAUCUCUUGGUUUCUAUCCUCCUUUUUCUUCUUCUUCUUUUUUUUUCAGCUUCUCCCAUUAGGGGUCGCCACAGCAGAUCAUCUGUCUUUAUACCCCCCUGUCUUCUACAUCUGCCUCUUUUAAACCAACUAUCUGCAUGUACCUCUUGGUUCCUAUCCAGUCCUCAAAGAUUGUCAGUGUUCCAGUUGAGUUUUUUAUACCCGUACCUAACCAGUCAGCAAAACCUUUACAGUCCACUGAGCUACAACACCAGAUACAGUUUCAGUCGUUCAAGAUAAAUUUUUUCUGCCUGUAAACCUGCCCACUGGAACAGUGUGAGGGCUUAAACAGGAAAUGCCAUGAAGCCCCACAGUGUCCAUAUGGAACCAGCCAAAAACGAGACACAAGCGUCUGACUCUGCUUUGGUCCCUGAUUUACACACCUGCAAUAUGGAGGAUGAUAUAAACCAAAUAUCCUAUCCCUCCUCUUUUUGUCUGUUUGGAACACUUUUUGUAUUUUUCUUUCCUGCCCAAGCUGUGCAUAUACACCACCAUGUGCACAUUAUAGACACCGAAGAACAAAGAUGUUUGAAGAUGGAGCUCCUUCGGGAUUCAAAGAUCGAGCUCCUUCGACACUCAUGUGCAGAGCGCCUUUUACGACUUUUUCAACUACAGAACCGAAGGCUUCGACCUUCUACUUUUUUUUUGUCGCUUUUGUAAAUAUUUAAUAUGAUAUCUGAACAGUGCAGAAGAAACCCUUUACUUUUAGUCCACUGUCAAAACUAAUUUCGACGCGUAUCAGCUCGGGUCUGUCGGGAAAAAUAACCAGAGCAAAACUACGAGGAGAAAAAAUAAUCCUGCAUAUUGAUACCUUGUGAUGAACACAUCGGAAUUUCCCAUUCAUCCAUGAGGUGUAUCAACAAUGCGUGUAUGACAGAAACUGUGCGUUUGUACUUGUGUGUACAUCUACGUCUUUUUGUUACAAUGUCUGCGGCAGCUCAAGUGACUGUUACCUCCUGUUUGAUAUUUUCUAAUUUUGGAUUUUCGCUAUUUUUAUUGUCUGUUUUGAGGGUCGAUCCGAAUCCUCACUGGUCCAUGUGUAGACUCGGAUUUAAAGCGCCGCUGUAUAACAAAACCGCGAAAAUCACACACACCAGGUCCUACAAGUUGGUGGAAAGGGGAGCUUUUCUCUUUAAACGCUAUAUUCCAGACCAUUUUGUCCGCUAUUAACUGUAACCUGACCUCAGCAAGGCCAAGACUAAGGUCUCGAAUCAAGAAGAAACAGGCCAGACCUGAUAAGUGCACUGAAAAUGUUGGAAACACUGACAUCUACUGGGGGUCGAGAGAACUGUACAACUCUCCAAGUAGUCAAGAAUAUACAUACAUACAUACAUAUAUUGCGAAAAGUUUGCAGACACCUGGUCAUUAGUACGGUAUGUGCUUUUUGAAUAUCGUAUUCCACAUUCUGUCCCAAUUUGCUCCUAUAAUUUUCUACACUCUUCUAAGAAGAUGUUCCACUAGAUUUUGGAGUGUGCUUAUGGAUAUUUGUGUUCAUCAGCCACACGGGUGUUAGAAAAGGCAGGUACUGAUGUUAGUGAGGAGACCUGGGGUGCAGUCAGCG